AUGAAAGCGCUCUUUUGGAAUAUCAGAGGUGUGAAGAAGGUUGCUGGUGUUAGGGCCUUACAAUCCAUUCUUAGGGGUCAAUCCCCAAAUAUAGUUUGCUUGGCUGAGCCGAUGGUGAAGGUCAGUGACUUCCCCUCCUUGUUGAUCAACAAGUUAGGGUAUGCUGCGGAUUUGACCCAUAAUGAUCGGCUGGACAAGGUUCCGAAUCUUUGGAUUCUUUGGAAGCUUAGUACCCCUCACCCAUCAAUUAUUUCUGUAUCUGAACAACAAGUUUCAGUCACAGUGAAUUGGUUUGGGAGUAUAGUAGGUCUUUCCUUUGUUCAUGCAAAUUGUUUCAAGGUCAAGCAUAGAGAGCUCUGGAUGGAAUUAGGAGUAGUGGUUCUCUCUACUAUCCCUUGGUCUGUGAUAGGGGAUUUUAACGCCAUAUUACUAUCUAAUGAGAAAAGGGGUCCAGGAAGGUCCAAUGUGAGCUCUGUGGCAGAUUUCCAAGCGAUGGUGGAUGCUUGUCUGUUGGUGCAAGUGCCUUCACAUGGGGAGAAGUUCACUUGGACUAAUAAUCGCAAAAGAGGGCAUGUGGUCGCUGUUCUUGAUAGGAGUUUUUGUAAUGAGAUGUGGCUGGAUCUUUUCAAAAACAUCUACCAAAAAGUUCUUCUGAGAACGUCUUCUGAUCAUGGGCCAAUUCUAGUAGUGUCAGCGGUGACACCAAAACCAGAUGAAGAAGUAAGGAAAGCUACUGAGCAGUUGAGUUCAGUGCAAGAUGAUAUAGAGGCUCCAGGGAUGACUGAUGAAUUAUUUAGUAAAGAGGCUGACGCCAAGACGGCUUUGCUCAAAGCUACUCAAAUGCAGGAAAAUUUACUGUCUCAAAAAGCUAAGCAAAGGUGGAUGAAAGAUGGGGAUAGAAACUCAAAAUUUUUUCACCUUUCUGUGAAAAUGAGGCGAGCUCGCAACCAAAUUCGUUCUUUAAAGAAGGAGGAUGGAUCAUGGAUUGAUGAUCAGUAG